AUGGUACAAUAUGCAGGAAAGUUAGUGCUUGCGCCUAUGGUCAGGGCAGGUGAACUGCCAACGAGAUUGUUGGCCUUGAAGCACGGCGCAGAUUUGGUCUGGUCCCCAGAAAUCAUUGACAAGAAACUUAUACAGUGUCAAAGACAGGUUAAUGAUACAUUGAAGACUGUCGAUUUUAUUAUUCCUGCCAAACGGGAGGGAACGGAACCUGGUGUGGUUUUCAGGACAGUUCCAGAAGUAGAGCAUGGAAAACUCAUAUUUCAGAUCGGAACAUCAACUCCAUCGCUCGCUGUCGAAGCCGCUCUCAAGGUUAUUGAGGAUGUUGCUGGUAUUGAUGUAAAUGCGGGAUGUCCUAAACAUUUCUCCAUUCAUUCUGGAAUGGGUGCAGCUCUAUUGCAGACUCCGGAUAAAUUAUGCUCCAUUUUGAUUGAGUUAGUUGAGAAAGUUGGGAAGAUUUAUGGGAAACCUAUUUCCGUGAAGAUUAGAAUCCUAAAAGAUGAAGAAGAUACUUUGACUUUGGUGGAAAAAUUAUGUGCAACUGGUAUCACGAACUUAACUGUUCAUUGUAGAACUACCCCGAUGAGAAACAGAGAAUCUCCAAUCCGGGCAUAUAUUCCAAAAAUAUAUGAAAUAUGUGAACGUAAUAAGGUAUCGUUAAUAAUGAACGGUGCUAUCAGGGAUAAGGAACAUUUCGAACAGCUACGAAGUGAUCUGAACCUACCUAAAACUAUUGGUGGUAUGAUGGCGGAUUGUGCUGAGAGAAAUCCAACAGUUUUUUCUGAAUCACCAUUGCCAUGGUUCAAAGCGGUAAAAGAAUACCUGGAUAUAGCAAACCAAUACAACCAUCAUCCUGCAAAUGUUAAAUAUAUGAUGAAUAGAAUGACUCCCGGGAAAUCUCCAUUCUAUCAAUACUUUACACAAUGCCGUAAACUCUCUGACUUUGCACAUGUUUGUCAGCAAUUAGGUUCUAGUGGCGGUGCAUUGAAUGAUCCAAUACCAUUUUUAAUCCAAGAACGUGAAAAGGAAAUGGCUGAGAAACAGAGAUUGAACAAUCUCAAAUCGACGAAGACGUCUGACUGA